CAUCACAAUCUGUGAGUGUUUUUGGGUGCCAAGGGGCUAAUGUUAUUUCAGUGAGGCAGCGGGGCAAAGAGGCGGAGUUAAUGAGACCACGGGAAAGUGAAAUCUUUUCAAAGGAGGCUAAAACAGUUUUUAGAGUCUCUAAGGAUGGAGGUGUAGCUCUUGCUGGACCGCAUUUCAGUACCAAGAGUUUGAAAUUUGUUCACCCUCAGCCUCACUGCACAAUGAUUUGCUGAAAACUUGCUUAGUUUAACUGAUGUGUCGGUGUCACAGGAACCAUGGCAACAACAGCUCUGACCGGGUUCUCAAUGAUGAGCCUGCUCAGCCUCGGGUUCCUGACCUGGGACCUGAGUCCUAACCAGGUGGAAAACGAGCCUGAGCACACUUUUGUUGACAGCUCUCCCGUCGUGCAGCCUCCUCACAUCAUUUUCAUCAUGACGGAUGAUCAGGGAUUCAACGACAUCGGCUAUCACAGCUCUGACAUCAGGACACCGGCGCUGGAUAAACUGGCUGCAGACGGAGUGAAGCUGGAGAAUUAUUACAUCCAGCCCAUCUGCACGCCCUCCCGCAGUCAGCUCAUCACUGGCAGGUACCAAAUUCACACUGGACUGCAGCACUCCAUCAUCCGUCCCCGGCAGCCCAACUGCCUGCCCUUUGACCAGGUCACCCUCCCCCAGAGACUGCAGGAGCUCGGCUACUCCACCCACAUGGUCGGCAAGUGGCACCUGGGCUUCUACAAGAAGGAGUGUCUGCCCACUCGCCGUGGCUUUGACACAUACUUUGGCUCCUUAACGGGCAGUGUGAACUACUACACCUACAACUCCUGUGACGGCCCCGGGCGGUGUGGCUUCGACCUCCAUGAAGGGGAGUCGGUCGCCUGGGAUCAGAGGGGCAAAUACUCCACCCAUCUCUACACACAGAGAGUCCGCAAAAUCCUGGCAACCCACGAUCCUCAGUCCCAGCCGCUGUUCAUCUACCUCUCCUUCCAAGCUGUUCAUACACCCCUGCAGUCUCCGCGGGAGUACAUCUACCCGUACCGUGGGCUGGAAAACGUGGCCCGCAGGAAAUACGCUGCAAUGGUCUCAGCUGUUGACGAGGCAGUACAUAAUAUAACUUACGCUCUUCGUAAGUAUGGUUAUUACCAGAACAGUGUCAUCAUCUUCUCCACUGACAACGGUGGCCAGCCGUUGUCUGGUGGCAGUAACUGGCCGCUCAGAGGACGUAAAGGCACUUACUGGGAAGGCGGCGUCCGGGGUCUGGGGUUUGUCCACAGCCCUCUGUUAAGGAAGAAGAGGAGGGUGAGUAAAGCCCUAGUGCACAUCACGGACUGGUACCCCACACUGGUGGGAUUAGCAGGUGGCAAUGAGUCCCUGACAGAGGGGGUGGAUGGGUAUAAUGUUUGGGAAGCCAUCAGUGAUGGGAAGGAGUCCCCCAGGUUAGAGAUCCUCCACAAUAUUGACCCUCUGUAUAACCAUGCUAGCAGUGGCUCCCUGCAGAAAGGAUAUGGGAUUUGGAACACAGCUGUUCAGGCCUCCAUAAGAGCUGGAGACUGGAAACUCCUAACAGGAGACCCUGGCUACGGAGACUGGAUUCCACCGCUGAUGCUUCCGGGUUUCCCUGGCAGCUGGUGGAACCUGGAGCGCCACACUGUACAGAAAUCUGUGUGGCUUUUCAACAUCUCCGGAGAUCCCAACGAACGUUUUGACCUUUCUGAGCAGAGACCAGAUGUUGUGAAAGAGCUGCUAGCUAGAUUGGUGUUCUACAAUCGCACAGCGGUGCCAGUUAGGUACCCAUCCGAGGACCUACGGGCUGACCCCCACCUCAAUGGAGGUGCCUGGGUGCCCUGGGUAGGAGAUGAGGAGGAGGACAGCUGGGACACCGUCUACCAGAAAAAAAACAAGGAUUGGACAAAGAAGCUGAAACUGUCCCAAAGCAGGUCAUUUUUCAGGAGACUCAACACUAGAAUCAUGUCCAACAGAAUAUAAAAAGGACAUGGAAAAGGUUCAGAAGAGACACUCCUAGGAUGAGAUUAUAUGAGUAUUUUUGUUUUUGUUGAGUAAGGAACCAAGAUUCUGCAAGAUCCAGCUGCAGUUACUGAGUUGUAGCUGCAGGUGUAUGUUCAGUCUAGAAGAACUGCCUGAUGAAAGAAAUCCAAUGAAAGUAUCAAUUGUUAAACUGGUUUGUGUCUAUUUUGAAUAAAAAAUGUAUGUGCCCCUAAA